CGGGGCAGGAGCCGCUGCCCGGCCGCAUCAUCUUGCAUCACCGGCACGGCACUGCACUGCAGCCUGAGCUGAGGGGCACCGGCGAUGCAUGGCGCUCGAGUCAGGCUGCCCACUGAAGUGGCAGUGGCAGUGGCAGUGGCAGUCCGCUGCAGUGCCAGUCACCCCGUGCACUGCAGUGACUGCUGUGGCGUCAACUUGAACCGAGGGAAUCAAUCCUAUCUACCCAUCAAUAAUAAUGAACAUCUUGAAUUCAGACCUGGACUUGUCUUCACCCUCUGUCAUGCUUGAGCCUGAGCUCUCCUUCAUCCCACCGCAAUCAUGCGCCACUACUCUCUCAUCUAAAUUCGGGAGGACGGAUGCAUUGCGCUAGUCCCGGCAUCCUGCCAGACUCCUGGAGGCGGUCCCAAUUCAAAAGAAGAUCUCGACAGGGGUCGAUUCCCCCAUCGGCCAACCCACCUCAGGUUCGACCGACCGCGAUUUCCCCCUCUGCCCUCACCGCGCACUCUCUCCAACAACUUCAUUCCGAGUCUCGAGCUUGACGUGUAUUUCUUCCCUCGUCACUGUUGAACUUCCUCAGGAGACGUGGUCUCCCGCUUCGAGGAUUUUGUCGCAUUGUCUUUCUACCGUGGCCGUCAUAUCUAGCGGUCGUCUUGCUUUGUCAACUUGGCCACUGCGGCCGGCAUACCUUGGAAUCCUUCAUGGCUACCGAUGGUUCAACAGCCGUCACUAAUGGCACUCAAAAGCCAUCAGUUCUUAUAGUGGGAGGCCUAGGCUACAUUGGCCGGUUUCUCGCAAAGUACAUACAUUCCAACAACCUUGCAUCUUCAGUCCGUAUCGUCGACAAAGUCCUACCUCAAUUAGCACAUCUGGCGCCGGAGUUCCAGGAAGCAUGUUCCCCCGAUAUCUUUAUGCAAGCCGAUGCCUCCAGGGAAUCCUCUAUGGCCCGCAUAUUUGACCAUCCCGCCGGCCCGGACGCAACAUGGGAUUAUGUAUUCAACCUGGCCGGCGAAACGGCGUGGUCGCAGGCGCCCGAAGUAUACAGAUUGCGAUCUUGGCAGGUCAGUGUUACCCUCGCGAAAGAGGCGGCGAAACGUGGAGUCAAAGCAUUUGUGGAGGCCAGCACGGGCAUGGUCUAUGCUCCGAACCGCACGCCCCGCACAGAACAAGACAAGUUAAAGCCAUGGUUGAAACUGGCCAAAGUGAAACUCGAGGCUGAACAGGAACUGUCUCGAAUUCCAGGACUGAACCUGGUUAUUCUGCGAAUGGCACACGUGUACGGCGAAUAUGACUCCAAGUUCAUCGCAAAGGCUCUAUGUCUGGCACGCGUCUAUCAAGAACAGCAAAAGGAGCUCAAGUGGCUAUGGACCGAGGAUUUGAGGAUCAACACGGUGCACGUGGAAGAUGUGGCACGAGCCUUGUGGGCAGCGGCGCAAUGGAGAUCCGCCAACGCGACCGUGCCUCCAUCAUCCCCAACGUCUAGCAGGCGGCCGACAUUGGGCUCGAAAGGAGAGGAUGCACCAACUGGCGUGCCAAUCUUCAAUAUUGUGGAUCAUGGACAAACGAGCCAGGGCGUUUUGGCUGAUAUCGUGUCCAAGGUAUUCAACAUCAAGACGGGAUUCCAAGGCUCGUUGAUUUCGCAGUUUGCAAAGAUGAACCUCGAGCACGUUGUGGACGACCUCAACGAAGAUGUCCUACAGCCAUGGGCCGAUAUGUUGGAGCAGAAGGGCAUCACCCAACCUGGUCCUUUGAGCCCAUUUCUGGAGAAGGAAUUGCUGAAGGACACAGAUUUAAGCCUGGACGGCAGCCUCUUCGAAAGGACCGUUGGGUUCCAGUACGAGCGUGCAGAAGGUCUCACGGUCGAACGGGUCAAAGAAAUGAUUGCGAGCUACGAGCGGAUGGGGUGGUGGCCCUGACGGGGCCAAUCGAUUCAGGUUUGGCAGGACCAUUGCCCUCUUGGAUGGGGAUGUGCUCCCAGACACGGACAUGCUCUACUGUCAGUAUCUGGUAGCCAUGUAUACUUCGGCAGGUUCAACUCAGGUUGGCUGGUCGAGCUCUGAUUGUACUGGUAGAAGACCACAAGGUUUAUUGGGUAUAAUACAGUUGAAGAGUCAACAGAACAUAACAACGAGAUAUUGAGGGUUACUAUCGAUGUACUCCUUGGAGCCAAUUCAUCAUAACUUACCGUUAGUCUUGGAGUCCGACCAUGAACUCAAAAAAGCUCUGCUGGGUACUCGCGAGGGUGCCAACCUAUGACAAAGGAUGGCUCUCUCGUCUUGCUAGGGUAUACCCUCCGAAUCAAUCCGAGCCGACAUAACCUUUUUAACUAAGUACUCCCAUAUAUCUAUUAGCAAAAGGAAAAAAAAUGUAGCUGGAUGGCUACUACCGAAUAUCAGAG